UCUAGCUUCGGUUCACACUCCAGUACAGUAGGUGGCGGUAAUGCACCAUUGAAGUUGGAUGCCAACUGCCAUUAAACAUCAAAGAAGAAGAAGAAGAAGAAGAAGAAGAUUAUGGUUUUGGUUGUACAGAGUGUGAACCGGGAAGUUUAACUGCAAAAAGGUUCGUGGAAAAUAUCUGAAAAAAUAAAGCUGCGUGAAAUAGAUUAGUUUCUCUCGCAGUCACUUGAUAUAAAGCACCACUCGCUGCUGAGAUUCCUCAUCAUCUGACCCCGAGCGUCUCUGAAGGCCUGCGAUGGAAGACGAGAUCUCUCCAGAGUCCAGGGAUCUGGGCAGAGCUCUGUGCAUCAUCACUGGAGCGUCGAAAGGCUUCGGCCGGACGCUUGCGUUUCAGCUCAGCUGCCUCCUGAAGCCCAGAUCCGUCCUGAUGCUGGUCGCUCGAACCACAGAGCAGCUCAACCAGGUGAAGGAGGACAUCAUAACCCUGUACGGGGGACAGAACCAACUGGAAGUCCGCUGCGUGCAGGCCGAUCUGGAGAAGAAGGAUGGCGUGGAAAAAAUGGUUCAGGCAGCGAAAGAGACUUCAGUGUCCGACAUGGACCACUUACUCCUGAUCAAUAACGCAGGUGCGCUUGAUUUUGUCAUUGCACUGCAAAAAAAAGCGUCUCUGGGUGACGUGUCUCGCUUCGCUCUGACGUUCACGGAUCCGGCGGAAGUCAACCGGUAUCUGUCUCUGAACGUCAGCGGGGCGCUGAGUCUGACGGCCGGCGUCCUGCAAGCGUUUCCUCGCCGUCUGGGUCUGCGGCGGUCGGUGGUCAACAUCAGCUCUCUGUGUGCGCUGAAGCCCUUCCCGUCGUGGGUCCUGUACUGCACCGGGAAAGCCGCCCGCGACAUGAUGUUCCGCGUGUUAGCCGCAGAGGAGCCGGAUGUAAGAGUGCUCAGUUACGCACCUGGUCCUCUGGACACAGACAUGCAGCUGCAGGCGCGGCGUUCCUCCGGAGAUCUGCAGCUGCGGCGCUCCUUCUGCUCCAUGUUCUCCGAGGGCCAGCUGAUCUCCUGCGAGGAGUCCGGGGCCAAACUCAUCAAGCUCCUGCUGGACGAUGACUUCCUGUCCGGUGCUCAUCUGGACUUUUAUGAGCUCUAGCGCUCACAGACGUUCCUGGUGUUUUUGAUAGAUUUGUGUUCUUUUUAGUUCUUAAAAAUCUGUAAUUAUGUUUAGAAAUACAGUGUUUUUUAUUAAAGGAAUAAAUGAAUAAAUGGUCAGGCAUUCUUCUGCUCCAGAUGUGUGGAGUUUGAUGAAGCAGCUGAGGACAUCUAGUGGUGGAAGAGAAGACCUGCACAAAGAAACAGAAGAAAAAAAUGAAUCAAAUCGUAUUAAGAGAUGUAUAUAUUAUUAAACUCCACAGCGCUUUUAUAAACAUCUGCUGUUUGAUUUG